AUGAAUUAAAGCAAUCCUAGAUUAGAAAAACAAUUUAUAUCUCUUAAACAAUAAUGUUUGCUUCCAAGUCUUAACUAUGAUUAUAGUGCAAGAAAAAAAUAAAAAUUAAAGACUUAUUUUCGCCAAGAGAAAUGUACAUCCAUAAGCCCUAAAAAUCAAAUAAUCAAGACUUAGAGAGAUCUCAUGAAGCAAAUUGAUUCUGAAAGAAGUUCAUAACUUUAUUCUUUUGAAGACGAGGUUAGUAGAUCUGUUAGAAUCUAAAGAAAGUCAAGAUUACAUCAAGGAAACAAAAUCUUAAAUCAUCCCAUUAUAAAGGACAAACCUAUGUUAACUGAUACAUAAAUUGAAACUGAUACUCCAUAUUUUAAAGAAAAAGAAUCAUCGAUUAGUAAGUCUGACGAUGAAAAUGAUGAGAAAAAUGAAAAUAAAAUAGAUUUAAAAUUAGAGGGAGAGACUGGUAAAGCUUUGAAAUAGAUAAGUCAUAAAAUAAGUAAUAUUAGAUUCAUUAACCUUAAGAUCAAGAAUUAAAUAAUUCAUAUUAUCAUUUUAUAAAAAAAUCAGAAAAAAUGAAAGAUCUAAUUCUAAAUUUUUAAUAAAAAGAUAAUUUGAGUCCAAUCCAUUACUAUUGUUUAAAUGAUAGUAUUUUUCCAAAAAGAAUAGAACUAAAUAAGCAAGAUGUUAAAGAAAUUAAUUUAUCUGAUUUAGGAUUAACUCCAAAAUAUAUUCCAUUAAUUAGAAAUUUAUUAAGUUAAAAGAAAGAAAAGAAUAUAAAAUCAAUUGACAUAAGUCAAAAUAAAAUUAAUGAGUGGUCAUUAAAGCUAUUAAUUGAUGUUUUUCCAUCUAAAGUCAAAACAAUUAAUUUAUCGCUUAAUUAAUUAAAUCGUCGAGGGGCAGUACUUCUGUCUGAACAUUUGAAAAACUUUUAAAAGUAUAAUAAAAUUAUUACUCAGUCUGAGGUUCUUGAAUUUAAAAGGAAAUUAAAUAGGAGAUAUUGGAACUGCAACAGUAUUAGAGGCUUUGAAAUUUAGUUAGAAAAUAAAAAAGUUAAAUUUAUCAGAUAAUUCAAUAUCUGACGCUAUAUUUAAUGAUUUAAAAGAGUUUAUCAUAAAGAAUUAAUCCUUGUAAAUACUAAGUUUAAAUUGGAAUUAAUUAGGCCCCAUAGCUGGACUAUUUAUAGCAAAAGGAUUAAAUUAUAAUAAAUCAAUUAGGGUAGUGGAUUUAAGUUAUAAUAAAAUUGGUUAAACAGAUAAUAAUAAUGAAUGUAUAAAAGAAUGGUGUUCUCUUUUGAGUAAUAAUUAUACAGAAUUGAUUCAUUUAGAUCUUUCAUAUAAUUAAUUUAAUGAGAAAUAACUAAAAUAAUUUAACUAUUCAAUUUUAAAGAAUUCUCGAUUAUAUGGUUUGCAUGUUGAAGGAAAUAAAUGCUUAGCUUAUGUAGACCCUUUAGGAUUUAUUUAAUUUCCUUAACAAAUAAAAGGAAAAUAAAAUAUGCAAUCAAAACAUUAAAAUAUAGAUGGUGUUAAUUUCAUUCCUAUGCUAAAUGAAAAUGAUAAUGGAUCUGAUUGUUGUUGGAUAUGUCAAGGCUGGAUGGAGUAUCAUUUUAUUUAUGAACCUGAACCUGAAGAAUCUCAAACAGAUUCAAUAUAUUUGCAUUUAGAUUUUUUAGAGUAAAAUAUUAUUUAAUUAUCUAGUUUUAAGCCAAUAUCAAUGACUACAAGUAAAGAAUUAUGGAAAUAAAUAAGUACUAAAUUGAAUAGUACUACAGUUUUGGAAGAUCUAACAACAGGAGAGAUUAUUCAUUAAUUGAAACAUGCUUUCAGUGCUGGGAAAAUGAUAACAAUGACUGCUAUUAAUGAUGCAUACUUAGAAGACAAUAAGACUAAAGAAGAUAUGAAAUCUAUAUUAUCGGAAUUGAAUUCAAAAUUCUUUUUCACUUCUUAUUAGAUGUGUCCUCCAAAUUAAAAGAUACUAUAUUUUUUUUCUAAUCCUACAGGAAAAGGUAUAUUUAUAAAUGAACGAUUUCCAAUAAUAUCAUUACAAUCUGUUGAAAGUAUUGAGUUGAUUAUGGACAAAGAAAAAGUGUUUUUUUAUCCUGAUGGGUCUUAGAUUUCAUUAUCUUAAGUUGAUUAAGUGAAUUAUUUUUAAACUAAAUAAAUGUUUGUAAUAGAUUAAAAAAAUUAAUACAAACCUUUAGUAAAAGUAAUUCCUAGAUGUUUGGAAAAUAAGUACUUUUUAAAAAGGUUUGCUAUAGAUGCAUAAAAAUAAAAAUCAAAUUUGAUAUAUUGGUAAAAAGAGUAAUCUCCUUUUAAAUCAUAUUAAGGNUAGAGGCUUUGAAAUUUAGUUAGAAAAUAAAAAAGUUAAAUUUAUCAGAUAAUUCAAUAUCUGACGCUAUAUUUAAUGAUUUAAAAGAGUUUAUCAUAAAGAAUUAAUCCUUGUAAAUACUAAGUUUAAAUUGGAAUUAAUUAGGCCCCAUAGCUGGACUAUUUAUAGCAAAAGGAUUAAAUUAUAAUAAAUCAAUUAGGGUAGUGGAUUUAAGUUAUAAUAAAAUUGGUUAAACAGAUAAUAAUAAUGAAUGUAUAAAAGAAUGGUGUUCUCUUUUGAGUAAUAAUUAUACAGAAUUGAUUCAUUUAGAUCUUUCAUAUAAUUAAUUUAAUGAGAAAUAACUAAAAUAAUUUAACUAUUCAAUUUUAAAGAAUUCUCGAUUAUAUGGUUUGCAUGUUGAAGGAAAUAAAUGCUUAGCUUAUGUAGACCCUUUAGGAUUUAUUUAAUUUCCUUAACAAAUAAAAGGAAAAUAAAAUAUGCAAUCAAAACAUUAAAAUAUAGAUGGUGUUAAUUUCAUUCCUAUGCUAAAUGAAAAUGAUAAUGGAUCUGAUUGUUGUUGGAUAUGUCAAGGCUGGAUGGAGUAUCAUUUUAUUUAUGAACCUGAACCUGAAGAAUCUCAAACAGAUUCAAUAUAUUUGCAUUUAGAUUUUUUAGAGUAAAAUAUUAUUUAAUUAUCUAGUUUUAAGCCAAUAUCAAUGACUACAAGUAAAGAAUUAUGGAAAUAAAUAAGUACUAAAUUGAAUAGUACUACAGUUUUGGAAGAUCUAACAACAGGAGAGAUUAUUCAUUAAUUGAAACAUGCUUUCAGUGCUGGGAAAAUGAUAACAAUGACUGCUAUUAAUGAUGCAUACUUAGAAGACAAUAAGACUAAAGAAGAUAUGAAAUCUAUAUUAUCGGAAUUGAAUUCAAAAUUCUUUUUCACUUCUUAUUAGAUGUGUCCUCCAAAUUAAAAGAUACUAUAUUUUUUUUCUAAUCCUACAGGAAAAGGUAUAUUUAUAAAUGAACGAUUUCCAAUAAUAUCAUUACAAUCUGUUGAAAGUAUUGAGUUGAUUAUGGACAAAGAAAAAGUGUUUUUUUAUCCUGAUGGGUCUUAGAUUUCAUUAUCUUAAGUUGAUUAAGUGAAUUAUUUUUAAACUAAAUAAAUGUUUGUAAUAGAUUAAAAAAAUUAAUACAAACCUUUAGUAAAAGUAAUUCCUAGAUGUUUGGAAAAUAAGUACUUUUUAAAAAGGUUUGCUAUAGAUGCAUAAAAAUAAAAAUCAAAUUUGAUAUAUUGGUAAAAAGAGUAAUCUCCUUUUAAAUCAUAUUAAGGAGAUACUGAAGAUGUUUUGGAUGAAUGUUUUAAAUUUGAUUGGAACUGUAUGGGUAUUUAACACUUUCUAAAAAAUGAGUAAGAACUAGAAAAAGUAAUUUAGAUAAUGAAAUUUAAUUAUCCUAAAAUAAAAGAUAUUUAUAAGUAUUAUUCAAGUUUUGGAUAUAAUGCUAAAAAAUUUAUAAAUGGUUAUCAAAUAGAAACAUUUAAUAUUCCUAUUAUUUUGAUUUAUGAAUUAAUUCAAGAACUACUACCUUAAGGUAUACCAUUUGAAGAAGUAGAAUCUUAAGUAAAUUAGAUUAAAUAUAAUUGUGAUUCUAAAUUUAUAUAUAAUCCAGAAAAAGGGUUUGUUAGAUAUUAGUUUAUUGAAUUUAUCUUUAGAAUAGCUUUUUUAGCGAUAAAAUAAAAAUAAAAGACUAAUCUAAUUAUAGAUCAGAUUCAUUUAACAUUCUAAUUAUUAACAGAAAGAUUUGCAGCUUUUGACAAUUAGCAAUAAUGGAGAGAAGAACGUUUGUGGACAAAAGAAUGCGGAAAUUUAAUCUAUAUUAAAUAAGGAUUUAUUUAGAAAUUGCAUGAUUAUGUAGCUUGUAUUAAAAAUAAAAAAUGGACCUUCAAAUUAAAGUGGAUAGCAUUGUCAGAAUUUAUAGACUUUUGUGAUCUAAUGGGAUUCCAAUUAUUUUUGAGUGAAACUCAAUUAAAAAUCAUCUACAAUUUUUCAAUGUAAACACAUUAAGAUGAAUUAACUUAAGAUAGACAUUUAAGAAUGUCUUCUGUAGAAUUUACAGAGGCUUUAGCAAGGAUAGCUGAAUUUAUUAGUCCUAAUGGAAAUGAUACAGAUGUUACUCCUACAUUAAGAAUGAUAAUCCCAUUACAUAUAAAAUUAGAGAACCUUUUAACACAUAUUUUCAUUACUCUAAAAUUUCUUAAGUAUUUUUAUUUAUAUAUAAAGAGUGAAUAACUUUGAAUGUUUUAGUAUAUAUUUCAGCUAUAAUUCAAAUGAAAUUUUACCAAAAGCCACUGAACAUCAACCAGAUUAAUACGAAUGCACAACCUAAGAAUUGAGAAUUUAUAAUACGCUUUCUUAUUUGAGUAAAAUUACAUUUAAUCUAGAAAUCUUUAAAAUUCCAUAUUUGCAUCCAAAUUAUAAACAAUUUAUGGAAAUACCUUUCUAAUUAGGUUAAAUUUAAAAAUCAAAGAGGAGUAUUAUUGACAGAUAAAUGACUCAAAAAUAAAAACUCUUAAAAUUGAAGGCUACAUUAUAAUUACUAUGA